AUGUAUCUUGCCAUUGGCAAACGCCCUGACAUUGUUCAUGCCGUUAGUGCGCUAAGCCAGUUUAAUGCCCGUCCCAAUAAGGCUCCUUCAAUUGCGGCUAAACGUAUUCUGAGAUACCUAAAGGGCACCAUCAAUCUAAAACUCGUCGACAAAAGAGAUGAAGAACAUCUAAACGGUUACGUCUAUGCUGACUGGGCAAACUGCAUCAUCGAUAAGAGGUCUUAUACCGGUUUGGUUUUCAUCCUUUCUGGAGCUGCGAUCUCCUGGGAAUCCCAAAAACAACAAACAGUUGCUCUAUCUUCGACUGAGGCCGAAUAG